CAGUGACCGAGAAUUAUUACCAUAAUCUUCCUGAUCGCAUUUCAGACCUUGAAGACGAAUCUUAGGAAACAGGCCUACCACGAUGUUCCCCCUAGGCCCCGCGACGAUGUACUGGUGGUGGAAAAUUGGCGAUCUAUUCAUGGAAGACGGGCACUGGGAGGAAGGUUGGCGCAAUACAAGCAUGACCUAUGCCUCUUCUAGCCCCCUGCCGCAUUGUCCACUUCAAGACAAAUUAGUGGUAACUCUGCGGGACAAGGCAAGACAGGUGAUCUGGAUGGUGCUGUUGCUGGGUUACACAUUGUCCAUAUGCGCCGCCAUCGUCAAGACCCACGCUGUCGGCAGGCGACUCGUCCUUCUGGUCACACCGGCUGUUCUACUCCUAGCCUUCACGUGCCCCGUCACAAGCCCGCUUCUGCAAAACUCAAGCGCACUGGGUGCUUUGACAGCCACCUUGGUUUUGAUCUUUGAGGUGGCAUGCGUGGUGGAACUGCUGUACGUGAAGCCAUUUGGCCCCGCAGCUGCCCUGGUCACUAUAAUAUUACGCCUAGGAACAGCUUUGGCACUGUUCCACUUGAAACCCGGCUCUUCAAUGGCUUCUCUACCGCUGCUGCCACAUUUUGGAUUGGCGGCGCUAGCUGUAUUUCUCCUUAUCGUGGCCUAUUACUUCAAGACGUCACCAAAGAGGGAAGAGAACCAGUGUUCCAAUACAGUGAUUCAACGACCUCUUGGCCUUGCCACAAGAACAUCGCUUCCACAGGCCACUGAAACAUUGGUCAUGGAACAGACGUUAAACGUAUUGCGGCGUGACCAGAAAAAGAAUCCCAGCUCGACCAAGAAAGGAUAUUUCCAAGAUCAACCAGUCAUCUUGCGCAGGUCAACGCGUAUUCGACGGCCAGUAGAGAGAUUUGAUCCUUCGUCAUAGAAGACACCAGCGAGAUCCGUUAUAGUUCACUUGUGAAGAAAAAGAACGCAUUCGUUGUUUUGAACAAGACAAGACCCCAGUAACAAUAUAUUCAUUCAUGCCAAUCACGAACGCCACACCUCGAACACAAGGAAGUCCUCCAACAUAUUACGACGCAAAUUUUACGG